CGAUCUUUCUCCUUAUAUCUUCUCUAGCUCGAACCAGAACUUUCUUGUUUCGUGUGGAUCGUCCCCUUACAAUUCCUUCGUCAAAAAAUCUCCAGAAUCUCUCGCAACUCUAAGAAGAAAUGGCAACUGAACAACCGAAAUCGGCAACCGAAGACGUAAAGAUGGAUUUGUUCGAAGAUGACGAUGAGUUUGAAGAAUUUGAAAUCAAUGAAGAUUGGGAGGACAAGGAAGAAGGAAAGGAAGUGUCACAGCAGUGGGAAGAUGAUUGGGAUGAUGAUGAUGUCAAUGAUGACUUCUCACUGCAACUGAGGAAGGAACUUGAGAAUAACACUGAGAAGAACUGAGCUGGACUUAUGCAUUCUCUAUUGUCACAUCAUUCCUCCGCACUAAUGCACUCUUGUUUGAAUUAAUUUUCCUUCGCAUGCAAAAGAAUCUAUGAGCUUUAACUCUUUAUGCUUUGAUGUUUGGUAGAAACUCUAGAUGCAGUAACGGGCUUUAUAGUUUCCCAAAAUUGACAUGAAUUCAACUGCUCAAAGAUUAUGUGCUUGUGCCUAUUUGAGGCAAUGGUUUAGAUUUUGGUGAUUUUAAAGCUUCA